GCUGGGAGCCUUGCGGUGCCGCGGUGUACCUCUGCUACUGCCCUGUAGUGUCCUGAUUAGCUUUCAUGCAUGUCCCAGAAUUUCGGCUCUGGCGAUUCUGUCCUCCCAAAUGCGCGGGCAGACGGAUGGACCGGCUAGACCCAUUCUAGCAGCCGAUGACAUUCCUUCUUCGCACCAGGAGCGAUAGGGAAGCAACAUGGCGACGAUCAGCAGCACGAUUGGAGCAUCUCACUCCGGAGGAUUGAAAUGCACGGGAUGGGUGACUCCCAUCAUUUUGAGAUGCCGCGCUGGAAAACUUCCCACCAGCAAGUCCGCCUUGCUGACACGAGGAUUGACGACGUGCAGGGUAUACGCAUGUCUGUCCGCAAUAUGGACGUCGCUGCCCGGAGGAACAAACAAGCCAUUCAUUUACCGUGUAUAUCGGUGGCGCCUCAUCUUGGCUUUCGCUUGGAUGAUUCAUCGCAGCGGAGAUUGGGAGGCUCGUCGGAACCUCCGCGCGCGCCCAGAGAUAUCUGCGACGGUGCGAAUGGAGAUCUCAUGCAACCGUCUGUCAACUUGUGCCCGUCGCGACAACAGCCGGCCGGGUUGCGACCCGACCGUUACGCGAGGGAAGGCAAGACAGGCAGCAACUUCGUCGUUAGCAGGAUCCUUUCCACCCUUGCUGGGGCCCGCUCGUGCAUCAAGAGCAUAAGGGCCACUGGCCAGUCAGAAUCCGAUGAGGAAUUAUAGUUUAGGGCCGUGAUUGUCGCGAGCGGUGGUUGGUGGCUGCGGCAUCAAUUUUUUCUCAAUUAUGAUUUUUUUUC